CGAGGAGCCAAAAAGGCAGCAUCAGCUGGGUUCAAACCAGAUGGAGGCUGGGCAACGGGCUGGUCUGCCUUCUGCUGCUGCUUAACAACAGAGGGACGAUAACACAGAGAGAAGAGGGCUGUGGACAUCAUUACAACGCUGCUCACAGCUAGAGAAGUAGAUAACGGUACCCGUAAGGUAAAGUCUGUCAUGAGUUAGUUUCGCCAACGGCACAGAACUAUAUGUUAGCUAAAUGAAGUUUAACAGGCUAUCAUCAGGUUUAGCGAUUUUCAAGUGGCUAGCUCCAGUUUUGGCUACAAGUGCUGCCCCUAGCAGCUAGGUUAAGUCAGCGGCAGCUUGUGAGAGCCGCCAGCCUUUUGAAAUUGCUUAUUGAUUUACUGUGGCCAUCUGGUAAACUGCGUUAGCUAGCGUAACGUUACUUCUUUAGCCCGAGCUGCCAACUGGUAACUAGCUAACGUUAGAUAACGUUGAAGGCUGUGAGCAUAUCUCCACGGUCUGCUCACUCACUCUGUUUGAGAAAUGAAGCAAAUGGCUUUUACUAUUUAAUUUGCCAUUUUAAGAUAGCAAUGCUUACUACAUUAUUUCAAAAUAACGUUAGCUUGCCGGCGUCGGAUUAUUGCACCCUGUGGUACAACUGUGCCCUGCCCAGCAGCGUCACUCAUAGCAUUUCGCAUAAUGAGUGAUUAUUAUGUAAAAGUCAAGGUUCAACUCGAGCAAAUGAAAUCAUUUGGCGAGGAUGCAGAAAAGGAGGGUGUGGACGUUGAGGAGCAGGUGCCAGUGUCUUCUCCCCCUGCUUCCGUCUCAGCAGACCCUUCCAGCAUCACCAUAUCUGCCAGAGAUGCAUGCAUCACUUAUAAACAUAGGGGUAAAAGUCGUAGUAAGCUGGGAAAAGAUGACAAGAACUCUUGUGGCAAACGCAUCUCAGAUCUGUCAUUGCAGGGGUCUGUAGUUUCUGCUCAUGUUGGGAAAAACUUAAAUAGACUAGGGCAUGAGCGGACACUUCACAUCAAAGGAACUGGAAAGAUCCUGCAGGGCAAGUCGGAGACUAAUGGGAACUAUGUAACCAUCCACCCAUCCAAAAACAUUCAAGAAGCACGCCGUGAGGACGGAUUCAAACUUGCAAAGAAGACAAGACCAGUGACGGUGGAUACCGCCAAAGCCAAAACCUCGUUGGAGGCACUGAAGUUAAGCAUCAAGCAGCUGAAGUGGAAAGAGUUUCCUCUGGGAAGACGAGCAGCCUGUGAUAUCUAUUGGCAUGGCGUUUCCUUCCAUGACAACGAAAAUAUCGUCUCAGGGCAGGUGAACAAGUUCCCAGGAAUGAUUGAAAUGCUGAGGAAGAUCAACCUGAGUCGGGCAGUGCGGACUAUGCAGGAGUUGUUCCCAGAAGAGUAUGACUUCUAUCCCCGUUCCUGGAUCCUGCCUGAUGAGUACCAGCAGUUUUCCACACAGAUUCGCAUGGUGAAGGAGAACGAUGCCACAGUGAAUCCCACCUUCAUUGUGAAGCCAGAUGGGGGCUCUCAGGGGGACGGCAUCUACCUCAUCCGUGACCCCAGUGACCUAAAGCUCAUGGCGGGUUCACAGGCCAAACAGGCUGUAGUCCAGGAAUACAUCCAUAAGCCGUUACUCAUUGACAAGCUCAAGUUUGAUAUCCGCCUCUACGUGCUGAUAAAGUCCCUGGAGCCAUUGGAGAUCUACAUUGCCAAGGAAGGCCUGACACGUUUUUGCACUGAGCCCUACCAGGAACCAAGCCAGAAGAAUCUGAGCCAUGUUUUCAUGCACUUGACAAACUACUCCCUCAACGUCCACAGCGGCAACUUUGUCCACUCAGACAGCCAGAGUACAGGCAGCAAGCGCACUCUCUCCAGCGUGUUGUAUAGGCUGGCAGCUAAAGGGGUAGACAUCAAGAAAGUGUGGUCGGACAUCAUCGCUCUCGUCAUCAAGACUGUCGUCGCCGUGGUGCCUGAACUUAAAGUCUACUAUCAGGCUGAUAUACCGCCUGGCAAACCGGGACCCACUUGCUUCCAGAUAUUAGGUUUUGACAUCCUGCUGAUGAAGAACCUGAAGCCAGUAUUACUAGAGGUCAACUCCAACCCCAGUAUGAGAAUAGAACAUGAACAGGAGGUGGCACCAGGAGUUUUUGAAUAUGUCCCUAGUCCAGUCGACGAAGAGGUCAAAGUGGGUGUUAUCAGGGACACUCUGCGCCUUAUGGACCCUGGCCACAAGAAACCUUCAAUCCAAAGUUCCCAACCGAGGGCUGGGGGGUUUGAACACGGGGAGGAGAUUCCCAUGGAGGCGGAGACACAAGAGAGGAGCUCCGAUGAAGGCGCUCUGCCCUCGCUGUGUCUGAAGCAGGUCUACCCCAAGUACACCAAACAGUUCAACUACCUGCGGCUGGUGGAGCGAAUCGCAGCUCUCUUCAUACGCUUCCUCGGUGUCAAGGGCAACAUGCGUCUGGGCCCCACUGCCUUCCGAACCUUCAUCAGGACCUGUAAACUGAGCAACAGUAACUUCACCAUGGCUUCAGUGGACAUCCUCUACAUAGACAUCACACGUCGUUGGUCAGGAGCGAUGCCCGAUUCUAAAGAAGCAGGCAUGGGACUACAAGCAUUUGUUGAAGCCUUUUUCUACCUCGCAAGUCGCAGGUUCAAAUCCCUGGGGAUGAGGCAGCAGGUAGCGUCACUGCUGGAGCUGUGCGAGGCUCAGCUCGAGUCCCAGUCGGGCGUCGAAGACAGACGCUCUGUGAGCUGCAGCAGGGCGCUGCCACGAGCCAUCAAAACUGAGACGCUGGGCCUCACCAACCCUCAGCUCAAUUCUCCGGCUCCCCUGCGAAGGGCGGCCAGCCAGGACUACCGGCUGCAUCAAAGACUCAAGCCUCGCACACUCAGGGCCAACGUGGAGAACUGACAAGAGGGGGCUUCAACUAGUCCUCCAACUCCCAAACACUGCCUUUAGCCUUCUCCACAGGAGCAGGGAAAUUAGGUAUCCAUCUCUCCUCUGCAGCUGAUGAUGGUAGCUGAGAGAAGAACUAGCUUGACCCCUGCUGGCUGACUUGCAGGAGGACUGGAAAUAGGAUGAGCGAUAUAAGGAGGUUGGUGCAUUUCUUCGGGUCAAUCGGGAGGAAGAUAUCGCUGCUUUUAAUAUACUUACUGAUUCUGCAGGGCAGCUAUUUGCUUCCCUUCACCUUUGUCUGGCAACACCGAAAUAAACUUUCUUUUCAGGGAUAACAUUAGAUCCUCCAGUUUCACAUUCAAUGCAAACACACAUCACACAUACAUAAAUGGGUGUAAGGGAGUUCCCUCAGUAUGUGUAUUAUAUUCUUGAAUUUGCACAAGAACUUGUAACUAUUACAUUUGCACAGAAAUGAAUGUGAGGGUGACUGAGCAUUUGUGUAGGUAUAUUGUGUAUGUUUGAGUUUGUGUAUGUACUGUACUAUAUUUAUUUGUGUUUAGCUCAAUGGUGAAAACCUAUUUACAGACAGUGGCUCAGCUGUGCGUCCUAGCUCCGUGAGCCCAUUAGUAAUGAGUUAAGUGAAUAAGUAUUCAAAGGGAAAAGGCCACGCCGCCACUUAUCCUCUUUCAGUUCAGCAGCUAUUCCAGUCAGGCAUCCUCAGACCUCCAGCAAACAUGUUUUUAGGGUGAUUACUUUUUAGCCACACAACUGCCAUUGGGAAGGAAUUAUUUCAGAAGUAAUUGCAUGGCACAAAUUUUCACAAUUUAGACACAUGCUGUCUUAAAUGUGAUUACAGAUGGCUUUUGUAAUAGGACCUUAUCCAAAGUGUGUGAUGUGGCACACAAAAUGACUGCCACUGGUGGAUGCCAACAAGAAAGGUCAUAGACUGUCGCUGUCAUUUCAGAUUAUUUACACUACAGUCACUCACUGAACAUUAAUGUUUGAAUUGUAUGUUUAUUUUCUUUUACACUAAGAUUAUUAAAUUAAUUUGUCACAUGCAGACUAAGAAUUAAGUGUGAUGUGUUGCACAAAACAUGGGCAGCUGUUAAAUACAUACAGUGAACUAAACAUGUUAAAGGUUUCUGCUAUACAUCCUAUAGGACUAACAUAUUUACUGCAGUAUGUAUGAGAUAACAUGAAGUAGAUGUAUGGGGUUAUUAACAGUGAUAGGUCAUUUGAAUGAAAUUUACUGAGAGCACUGCAAAAAAUAAACUUAAUUUUGCUCUUUGAACUGAA